CCUCGUGCUGCACUGGACAGCCACGACGGGGAAGCGCCUGCGCGUGGCUGUGCUGGCGCGCGCGGAGACGGAAGCGGCGGCGGCGGGGUGGGUUGCCGUGGGGUGGUCCCCCAAGGGGGACAUGGACGGGAGUGACGUGGUUGCGCGUGAGGCGGAUAGCGCCUCAGGGUGCGACAGAGUCGCGAACGCGAAGGGUGCAGAACGCUUCAGUGGGGCAUUUUGCGAUUGGAUUGGAAACAUCAUGCGGUUCACGCGCAUCAAGGGGGACGGGUCGUCAGUGGGCAUCAGGACGUGACUGCAUCAUUUCUAAACCGGUCUACAAUCUUCUUCAUCCCUCCCCACCUCUCACUCUCUCCAACGCUCUUCUCCCCCUCGCCCCCAUCACUCAACGCCUGCAGGUUCACGCGCAUCAAGGGGGACGGGUCAUCGGUGGGCAUCAAGACGUGGGAGGGCUUUAA